AUGGCGAAUAUACGCGAUGAAUCUGCCGUAACGAUGGAGCAAUCAAGACCAAAAGUUCUUUCCACUGAAACAUUCACCUGCCCCCUCUGCUCAUCCGUUUUGGCCUCAAGGUCACACUUUUUGCACCAUGUGGGCACUGAGCAUGGGGAGUCUUUUUUCGCAGUCUGCAAGACAUGCAUGCAGUGCUUCUCUCCGAAGGAAAUCGACGGCCACAUGACUGCCUGCAAGGGAUCUUUCGUGUGCCCCUACUGUCGUCAGACAUUUGCACUUCUGCCCUACCUGAAUCGGCACAUUAGGCGGAAACAUUCCAUCGAUGACGAGAACCGGUCGCCUUCCAACGGUGGUGGCGGCCCGCGGUACCCUUGCAAAUUCUGUUCCAAGACUUACUCUUCCAAUAACUCACUUAAUGACCACAUUAGAAAGCAUUUGAACUGCGUAUGCAAAUUAUGCGGUUCCAGGCUUAUUUGCAAGUCGAAGAAGGGGUUUGCAACCUGCGGAGCAUGUGGAACUCUAAUUUCUCUCGAUCAUGGUGAAGGCGCAAGAGGUGAUGAGAGUGAGAAAGAGGUAGGAGGAGAGGACGGUGGCGAGGACGUAGUGGGUACUCCUAACACCACCACUGUGACGACAGCAGAAGCAGGCCGCAUGCCGCAGUUCACUUGUCCCUACUGUCAGCGUCUGUACGUAUCGCUGACGUACUUCCGCAAGCAUCUAGCUGCUCACGCACCCUCUCACUCAACCACCACCACGGUCUCGUCUACCGCUGCCGGUGCCGUCGCUGCAAAAACUGCACUAACUACCGACUGCUCCACUGGCUCCACCGCCGACUUUUGCGAGGUGUUCACUGAAGAAGUCGGUUUUUACGUAGGUGAGUGUGAUUCCUGUCGCGUUCUCACUCUGGGUGUUAAAUGGGGUCAAGACCUUAACACAGGUGUCUUUGUCGCCAACCCGUAUGAGUGGGCCAAGGGCACGGCGCGUAGGCGCGCACCCACCGAUUGGGUGCUGGAGACGCGGGUCGAUCUCAUUCCCCCCCAUUCUAACGACUGUUGGGACGGCUAA